AUGCAGGAACCAACCUAUGACCCCUCCCGCCCGAUGCCCGCUCUGUCGAUUUCCUUCUCCUACAAAUUGGUCGGCAUCCCGAACAAGACCAUUGUCGGUCUGCGAGUGGAGUUUCCACCUAACGGCUCAACUCCACCGCAUCGUCACGGAGGCGCCAAUGUCGGCGCGUACGUUUUGAAGGGAAACCUUCUCAACAAAAUGAACGACGAACCUAUGAAGUUGAUUGAGGAGGGAGGGAGCUGGUUUGAAGCUCCAGGAUGCCACCAUCGCAUCAGUGACAAUGCCAGCAAGAUCGAGCCGGCUACGCUCAUCGCUACCAUGGUUACGGAUACCGACGUAUUUGAGAGGGAUGGAAUGGGUGCCUUGAUUCAAAUUGACGAAGAGUAUGUGAAGCGUUAA